AUGGGAGACCUACAGACCUUGCACACGCAGGCCAAAAGGCUCACCUUGACCAUCCGGGCGGGGUUGGAGCGGUUGGAGACCGCCGAGCAGAAUGCGCGAGCGAUAGUCCCCAGCGGUCUGGCAGCGGACCUGCAGCAGCAGAUACAGCAACUCCAGCGCUUGAGUGGAGAGCUGGAUGCAGUAUGGCGCAUGCAAUCCCUGCGUGAGCCAGCAGCCAAGCGUGACAUCUGGAAACGCAAGGUGGAGCAGGUGGCAGAGGAGACGGAUGCGCUGCGCAUGGGGCUGGACCGCUUCUCGCAUCGCCAGCAGCGUCGACAGGUUGAGGAGCAGCAGCGGCGGGAGCUGCUGGAGCGACGCAUAGGGGCGGGCAGCCCUGUGGUGGAUGUGGAUGCAGAAGCGCGGGCAGCGCGGCAUGUGCACAACUCCAAGCGGGUGCUGGAGGAGGCGUAUGAGACGGGGGUGGGCAUCGUAGGCAGCAUGGCGGGGCAGCGGGAGCGGCUUAAGGCCACACACCGAAAGGUGCUGGACGUGCUCAACGCUGUGGGACUGUCAGACAGUGUGCUACGCUUGGCGGAGCGCCGGCAGCGCCUGGACAAGCUGCUGGUGUAUGGCGGCAUGCUUGUUACGCUGCUGCUGGUGGGCCUUUUGUACUGGUGGUGGAAGCGAUGA